AAGUCUCCUGAACAUUUUGUAAUAUCUACAUUUAUCUCCUGACUCUUAACUCUCAUCUCUCUCUCUGCUACAUACUAUGUCCUGGUCAAAUCUCCGACGAACUUCGCCGUUGCUCCGCCCUUUGACCGCAAUACGACACCGUCAGACUCGCCAUCUGACAUCCUCAGCGCAAACGCCUCUCAUCGUAGACUCCAAUUUAGGUCAAAACUUAAGCUCCUUGCUCAGAUGGUUCUCGGGAUUCGCGAUCACUUCCGGCGUUGCAUACACAACUUACACGUAUUCCAACUCUGAUGAUGCCUCACUUGUUGAUUGUAACGAUGACUCUCCAUCUCCACGCUUCUUUUUCGGAGAGGCAUACCGGAAAAAAAUAUUCUUCAACUAUGAAAAACGUAUAAGGAUGCGUAGUCCUCCUGAAAAGGUUUUCGAGUAUUUUGCAUCAGCUAAAAGCACCCAAGGAGAAGUUUUAAUGACACCUGCAGAUUUGAUGCGUGCAACAGUUCCUGUAUUCCCUCCUUCAGAAUCGCACCUUGUUAGGGACGGAUAUCUGCGAGGGGAGAGGAGUCCUGGGCAUUUGCGUUGUGAUCAUUCAGAUUUUUUCAUGCUUUUCGAUGUAAACAAUGAUGGGCAUAUAUCAUUUAAAGAGUACAUAUUUUUUGUCACACUGCUCAGCAUACCAGAAUCAAGCUUUUCAGUAGCAUUUAAAAUGUUUGACAUUGACGGGAGUGGAGAGAUAGAUAAAGAAGAAUUCAAAAAGGUGAUGGCUAUGAUGCGAGCUCACAAUAGACAAGGGGCUAACCAUAGGGAUGGACUUCGAGCUGGACUGAAAGUUGGGGGUUCUGUAGAGGAUGGAGGCCUGGUAGAGUAUUUUUUCGGAGAAGAUGGCAACAAGCGACUGCAACAUAAUGAUUUUAUCCAAUUUUUAGAUGAUCUUCAUUAUGAGAUGACGAGGCUGGAGUUUGCUCAUUAUGACUACAAGAAAAGAGGAAGCAUAUCAGCAAAAGAUUUUGCCUUGUCAAUGGUUGCAUCUGCGGAUCUUAGCCAUUUAAGCAAGUUGCUUGAUCGGGUUGAUGAUAUAGACAAUGUGCCGUGUCUAAAUGGUUUACGCAUAACUUUCGAGGAAUUCAAGAACUUCAGUGAGCUACACAGGAAAUUACAGCCUUUUUCACUUGCCCUCUUCAGCUAUGGGCAAGUAAACGGGCUGCUGACAAAGAAGGAUUUUCAACGAGCAGCUUCUCAGGUUUGUGGAAUCUCCCUAACUGACAAUGCGGUUGGGGUCAUAUUUCAUAUAUUCGAUACAAAUCGUGAUGGUUCCCUAAGUUUCGAUGAAUUCAUUAGAGUUCUGCAGAAGCGUGAAAUGGAUAUUCGCCAUCCUACCGAGGCUGGAAUACUGAGCUUUUUGUCACACAUUUGGAACGGUACAGAUAAAUUUAGUGCUGCACGGUUUCUUUCCUAACUGGUCUGCUUGAAAAGCUAAUGCUACUUCCAACUUCUAAGAUGUUUGGCCUCUUGUAUGAAGCAACAAAGCAAAACUAACAGUUUACUUACAUAGUUGACGGCUGAAAGGAUGUACAUAUCUGAAUGAUAUGAUGAAGAUGUUAAACACACAGUAGUGCAGGUCAAAUAUUCUCACAUUAUCAUCUGAGUUUACUGUUAAGAUUCCUAAAUGUGCGCAACCUUUUCUCUUCUGACUGUUACUUUGCGACCAUUAUUGAACUACAACUCUUCUGGAGGCAGAGAUUAUUCCACAGAUUUGUGCAGAUAGAUUGCUACUGAACUCAAUUCUGCAAUCAGAACCGAUGUUUCUUGUCAUGAUUGUAUAAUACUAACUUUUUGUCAAUCUGAUAAACACUUGUAAUUUUCUUAGUAAGUUUAGUGCUGUGUUUUCUUUGGGAGCCUUUUGCUAACUUGUACAGUUGUGAGAACCCUAUUAUUUCAGGGCUUUGUUUACGUGUU